UGCUCUGGGGGAUCAGUCUCCAUCGAGCAGCGAUCACGGAAGCAUGGCGAGAUCAGAGCGCAGUUCGAGGCUUCUUAUCGGCAUCACUUGGGCCUGGGCCCUCGGCUAUGGUCUUAUCAGUAUGACUCUGGCUGAUUCCGCCCAAAUCCCAGACAGAUCUUCCGCCUUGGCUGGCCCCACAAUUCAGGCAGUGGAAAGGCUCUUCAAUCAGGUUUUAUACUCUACCAUUGAGGAUGCCCGCCAAAGACUUCCGCACCUGAACAGCAGCGAAGUCAUCGAUAGGCAGUACUUCGAGGAACUGGACUUGAUUGCGGGAAACGAAGACUACUACAGCACUGCCUACUACAUCUUCGCCUGGAUCAACAGCGAUUUGAUGUCCCACAAAACUCCGGAUAAGCUGCUAGACGAAGUCCUGCCGGUCGAGAAGAUUGCUAUUCGGAACUUCUUUGGCAAAGUCAAGACACAUCUGAGCAAGUAUCUACGCCAAAGUCGGCAGGAAAGGCCGCAAUUGAUUGCCAACAUCACACGAUGGAACACCGAAACCGACGACAGCCUGAUCAUGUCCUAUCUGGAAUUCCCUCAAAACCUGCAGGGCCAACUUCCCGAAAUCCAUCUGAUGGAGUACACCAAGUUGGCCCAGGCUUUAUUGCAGGGCUUGGCCAGGGGUAUUUGGUCGAAUUUAUAGUAUAAUUCGUAAUAUGCAAACCUAAAUAUAUAAAAACAUUAAGACAAACUCAUUCAAAAUUACAAGUUACAUUUCUGUCCAUAUUUGUAUGCAUUUAUGCAACUAAUAAGUAAUAAUAAAGAGAAAAUACUUAAGACGUC